UGUAAACAGGCUUCACCACCCGCCACCUACCACAUGACAAGGUUUCAACAAGGGAAAGUAUAGUUGGGCCGAGAAAGACAACUUCAAAGCUCACAAAGGUCGAAGUUAUUUUAAGAUAUUUUGGAGUUCAUUCAGCAAGUUGCUGAGAUCUAACAAACUGCAACAACUCCUGUCGCCAGUUUACGGUGCAGGAUGUCGAUUGUAAGUGUUUUCCCUUUGGAUACCGUCACCCUGGUUUUGUUUGGGGUUCUGACCAUUAUCCUCCUCGUGUAUUUUAACACCGGGUCUAAAUCUCAUGGAAUCGUCAACUUUCCUCCGGGUCCCGCUCCUCUCCCAGUGAUUGGCAACCUGCACAUGUUGGAUCUGAAGAAGCUGCACAAAUCUUUGAUGGAGCUAUCUGAGAAGUACGGCACAGUUUUCAGCAUCAAGCUAGGACCCAGAAAAGUGGUGGUGCUGACUGGCUAUGAGGCAGUGAAGGAUGCACUUGUCAACCAUGCAGAGGAAUUUGGUGAAAGAGCACGCAUCCCAAUAUUUGAAUUAUUUUCAAAGGGAAAUGGUAUUAUUUUUGGUCAUGGGGAGUCAUGGAAGCAAAUGCGAAGGUUCACCUUAACCACGUUACGAGAUUUUGGAAUGGGCAAAAAAACCAUUGAAGACAAAAUAAUUGAGGAAACCGAUUUUCUGAUAAAAAUGAUUGAUUCUUAUAAAGGCCAACCCUUUAAUCCAACCAUCAAACUGAACGCUGCUGUGGCCAACAUAAUUUGCUCUAUAGUUUUGGGGGAUAGAUUUGAUUAUGAGGAUGAAACGUUUAUCAGUUUAGUAAAGAGAGUGAACGAAAACAUUCAACUCGCUGGUUCGACUAUGGUCCAGAUGUACAAUGCAUUUCCCUUCUUGGGAUUCCUUCCUGGAUAUCUAUCUCAAUUAUUCUCCAACUCCCAGCAGAAUAUUGCUUUCUUCAAGAACCUCUUCAAUGAAAACUAUCGGGAACCAAAUGUGAAUGACCUGAGGAGUUUUAUUGAGGCGUUCGUGUUGAGACAACAGCAGGAAUCGGACAAUCCCAAUUCAUACUUCCAUGAAAACAACUUAACAUACACCACAACCAACCUGUUUGCUGCAGGGAUGGAGUCCACCUCGACCACAAUUCGUUGGGGAAUGCUCCUGAUGAUGAAAUAUCCAGAGAUUCAGAGAAAAGUUCACGAGGAAAUUAUCAGUGUUAUUGGAUCAGAACGAUCUCCCAGAGCUGAAGAUCGGAAAAAUUUGUCAUACGCUGAUGCAGUGAUCCACGAAAUCCAGAGGUUUGGUGACAUUUUGCCAUUGAACGUCACACAUGAAACCACAGUGGACUUAAACUUCAAAGGAUUCUUCAUUCCAAAGGGAACACACGUGAUUCCAUUGCUGUCCUCUGUGCUGUACGAUAAAACCCAAUGGGAAAAACCAAAUGAGUUCAACCCGUCUCACUUUCUGGAUGCUGAGGGCAAGUUUGUGAAGAGAGAUGCCUUCAUGCCUUUCUCUGCAGGUCGGAGGGCCUGUGUUGGUGAGACCCUGGCUAAGAUGGAACUGUUCCUGUUCUUUACUGCUCUGAUACAAAAGUUUAAGUUUCAAGUUCCACCGAAUGUCAUUGAAUUGGGGCUCGAGUCUGGUGUGGGAUUGACUUCAUCCCCCAAGUACCCCUAUGUGUGUGCUGUCCGUCGCUGAU